ACAGCAGCGGUCAGUGCUGGUCCGGCGCGCGACACAACCAGCCGGCCACACCCAGACCGCCACCAGAGGCCGGCUGCCAGACCCAAGCCGCCACCAGAGGCCGGCUACCAGGCCCAGAUCGCCACUAGAGGCCGGCUGCCAGACCCAGACCGCCACCAGAGGCCGGCUGCCAGACCCAGACCGCUACCAGAGGCCGGCUGCCAGGCCCGGACCGCCACCAUAAGCCGGCUGCCAGACCCAGACCGCUACCAGAGAUCGGCUGCCAGACCCAGAUCGCCACCAGAAGCCGGCUGCCAGGUCCAGACCGCGACCGGAAGCCGGCUGCCAGACCCAGACCACUACCAGAGGUCGGCUGCCAGGCCCAAAUCGCCACCAGAGGCCGGCUGCCAGACCCAGAUCGCCACCAGAGGCCGGCUGCCGCGACCAGCACAGUUCAGACGGCCAGUCCCGGCGCCAAGGGGUCGGGCAGCGAUCGGCGGAGCCAGGGCGGUCAGCUCCAGCUCCGGACCGCUGAUCGGAGCCGCCCAGCUAAAGCGCUCGGUGCCGAGGUCAGCCCCAGCGCUCGGCAGCACCGAGGUCAGCCCCGGAACCCAGCAGCUCCGCCUGCGUCAGCUCCGGCUGAGAGCCGACGGCCGCCGACAGCGCAACACUGGGAAACCAGCCGAGCACCUGCUGCUCCUGGGCCAUGGCGUCGGGCGGCGGCCGGCAGCUUAAGGCCGACGUGUUCUGCGCGCUGGCCGUCUCGGAGGACGGCGCCGGCGGCGUGUACCUCGACCGCGAGCAGCACCGCUGCCAGUACUACCGGCGCCCGCUGCCUCGGCUCACCGACGACUACGACGAAGACGAGGCGGCCGUGGCCAACCUGGUGGCCGGCGUGCGCCACUGGGAGGACGACUGGCGCGACGAGCACCUCGACGCCGUCGUCUUCAGCGACUGCGGCCUCGUCGAGCCGCUCUCCCCGUACCGGCUGGCCAACCUGUUCGGGCCGCGCGACCUGCCCGAGCAGUUCGCGCAGCUGGCGGUCGGCGGCGCCGGCGACCCGCUGCGCAAGGAGCUGCGCGAACUGCAGCGCGACCACGACAUCGUGCUGCAGUACGCGGUCGCCGACGCCGCCAGCAUGCACUACCACCACGUGCCGGAAAAGGACUGCCGCGCGCUGGACACGGGCUCCGCGCUGCUCGACGUGGCCGGCUUCCUCGCGCGCCACGUGUACGCCGACGUGGACGAGAUCGACGACCGGCUGCAGGCGGCGGUCGGCGACGGCCGCGAGCUCGAGGUCGAGACCAACCGCGGCACCAACGUGCCGGAGAACUGCCUCUUCGAGCGCUGACCGGCCGCCGCGGCGCGGCGGCGGGCGCUCGAGGCCGGCGCGCGCCGGCUGGCGGCGUCAGCGCGGCGGGGUCGGGGCAGAGCGGGCUGGGCGCAGGGCCGCCGGAACAUCGAGGGCUGACUAUGCAUGGAGGCACGAGCCGCCAUCGUCUGAUCGGAGUCUGGCAAGGCUCGCAAGUUGCGGAGUUUGUCCGUCGGUUGUUUGGUAACUUAAGUAUUCACGCCAGUAGCCAGCACACCACUACAAUGGCGCGGGAUCUGAAGGAGGCGGAGAGCCCACGGUCCCGACCAUGGAAAAUAACCUAGGAUUAGCCCUCAAUAACAUUAGAAAAACCUAGCGACGAAGAAGUUACGCGUUGCACGAUAAAAAUGAGCUAAGACGCGCUCCCGACUUCCUAUCCCAAGCUUCGAUGAGCUCGCGUUCUCACGCCAUCUUGUGCACCACUUUGUACGGUUCACGCAGAACAAGCUAAUUCAUUAAGCUGUGUGUGCCAGCGAUAACAACAUGCGCUUGUAGCGGUGUAUGUAGGCUACUUGACAACCAUGACACUGCGAGUUUUCUGCCUCAAGCUUAACCAGAAUUAACCACUCUCUCCUAGAAUGUUUCGCAAUGAUCUCCGAGCCAAUGUGGGAAUCCAAUUCACGCUGAGCAUCAACACUACGAAAUGGUGAGUUAAAAGCAAUCGUCAAAGUGUUGUCCACAGACAACACUGCACUUUGCAGGAGCUCCACAUACGUUCAUUGAAGCUGCGUACCAACUAGUUCGCGGGAAGAAAAGAGGAAAGAGCCGGUGUUGUGAUUUAGCCCAGCUGUGGACUAAACCAGGCAUAAGAUCACAGCAACACUCCAAGUAGAGAGGUUUGGUGUACCUGUACCUUGGCCAGCACAUCACAUACCGCCUGCGAGCAGCAGUGUGCGUAUUUUGCCCUUACCAACACCUCUGCCGUAGCGACAAGCAGCAAAUAUACACGCUGAAGCUGGUGGUAGUAAGUCGGAUCGUCGAGGGAAGAAAAUUAUCCAUACAGAAAUGCCUGGCGGUGAACGUGAGAGAAGCCAUCACCAUCCGGAUCAAACCCAGAAAUAGGGGCGUGUUUCCACUCCAGUCCAGAGUCCACGCCAGGCCGGUCUGGACACGUCACAGGCGCCUCCUGCUGUCACCGUCGGGUACGUCGGUCCGUGUUCUCACCGUCGAG